UGUCAAAGGAGGGGCAAGCACGAGUCCUGCAUUUUUGUAAGCGUCACCAAGGGCGAACAUUCCCGCGCCAACAUUUCCUUUGAAAAGAUGCAUGAGAGUCCCAAUGUACCUGCAGUAAAUAUUCGUCACAUUUUAGUGUGGUACCGAAAGCUCAUCUCGGACACCUUACAGACUGACAGCUGUCCUCGCCGUAAAAGAAGUGGUUAACGCGUCGCGGCGCGGGACGGCCGAGCGUACGUACCUCGCUUCAGCAUUGGCUGGAACCUUCAGCCAAUCGACGGUCACUUCCAUUCAUAAGCAGUUUUCGCUUCCGGAGGUGGCAGUCGGCGGGCGUUGCAGCGAAUGGUCCGCCGACCGCACCCUAACUCGCAUCGGCUAUAUACGACACAACAAUCACACACGGAGUGCUAUGCCGCAUCCUUUGCAGUCAUAUUAGAUGACUACAUGUGUAUAGGUGACGAUUUCUUAUCGACUUCCGAAUCCUCUGCACACCAUACUGUAACGAGAGUAGUUCCGGAGCUUUUCCCUGCAAUUUAUACGUACUGGGAGACCCGUGGAGGAGAUAUCAACGCGUCGUAUUAUAUGUGACGUUUGCGUUGGCGUACUCGAGUUGUGGCCAUGGUUGUCGGUCGCAAAAGCUGGCGUCGUGUAGGCUACACACAACUAUUGUGCACACAAAGGUUUAUAACUACGAAGGUGUAUAAUAUCUAUGGAAAUGUGAGUAUUUCACCUAUACAGAUAUAAUAUUCUACUCAAGUAAGUCUCGUGGAUCCUCCGGGGGGCGGAGCGGGCGUCGAGAUAUCUCUGGUCGUCGAUGGCCGACCGCCCGAGGGGGACGUUGAGCAGGCUGUAAGAGCAGUUGCUGCGGAACCGUUGGCUUGACAACACGCGAGGACGAAGACGCUCGCUCCUGCAGCUUUCACGCGGGCGUGCGCGAGUCAAAGUCAAAUUAAAAACACCAGUGAAACGAAUGGCGAGAUAAAAAAAAAAAAAAUCGAAAUUAAUUAACAACUCAUCAAUCGUGAUUUUCGUGAUUCGCCUGUAACAGUGUCGGUCCACACCAUACGAACUAUUGGCGAACGCCAUCGAGAAGUUCGAACUCCGGCAAGGGUUGUGCAGGAUUAAAAUUUUUAUUUUAUACAAUAUUGAUUUUAUUACGGGAAGAGUUGUUGUAUCGAUGAAUUUUAUACCUGCCCAGGUGCUCGAUACCCGAUGUUUUCAAAUCAGUUAAAUACAUCAAUUCCGGUGAAAAUUCUACGGAAAAUGAAUAAACACAAUUGAUGGUGUAUAAGGUUGAGACAGUGAUCAAAGUUUGCAGUUUGAGUGUAUUCGUAUAACAGCAAAUCGAAUUUUAUUUACAUGUAUAAAUACGGGUGGUGUCUACAUGUUUUGCAGAAUUAGUGCUACGGUAUAUGAAUUCAAUUUAUAUUUACGAACUGAUGGUAGCUGCAGGGUGGAUAAGACUAUCUUGUAUCUUACCUAUCGCGACUACAGUAAUCGAUGCCGGAAAUUUUUUUUACAAAUUUUCAAUAUGCCAGAGAUGACAAUAAUGACGGUAAAUCGUUAAUUAUAUCGAGCGUUAAUCGCGUCGAUAAAAAGACGCAGAUUUAUUAAAUUAACGCGAUAUAUCAUCCCGCGAAAUACUUCACCGAUACACAAUCGUACGGAUCGAUAUCGAGGCCGGUCCAAAUUUUACUUUUCGCGGUCAUACAAACCCUGCUCUGAUCGUUGUCUUGCCAAAAGAUAAGAAUAGUAAAUUAAUUUGUUUUUCUUUUCCACAUAUACGCGGGUUGUACCGAAUCACCCUCGGAGAUCGUUAUCGUUCUCGAGAACCCCGAAUCGGGACUUCUGACUGUCAAAUCAGUGUAAAAUCGUGCGUUAUACUCGGGUUCUGUGGAUUGGAUGGUUCGACGGGGGGCCUGGGAUCAUCCAGAGCCGGAACAGCAACGGUUCUACGACUCGCCAUCGCCCCCCCGGAUGGACGCGAGCGUCGUUUGCUGUAUAACACCAUCCGCUGUCGCCGUAGCUGCCGCAUCUACUGCCGCAUCAGCUCAGAUUGCAGCGGGCUUACAUCAGGGAACAUCGCAGCACAUUACGCACCCCGUCGUAGGUCUACAACCAUCGCCCGGCGGGGUACACGCCGCGAUUAUAGACCCCCAAUAUCCUCCGAACAACCAUCAUCACCACCACCUCCAUCACCACCUCCAUCAACAGCAUCAACAUCAACAUCAUCACCAACAUAAUCAACACGCGGACCAGAUCGUACCGGAAAGAGGGCACCCCGACGGACUGGCGAUGGUUCAGGCAGGGGCGACGGAUGGGUCCUGGUCACAGAUCGCUAACCCGACACCCGUCGCCAGCCUCACCGCCACAGCUACCACUUACAUCGACUACUCAUGGCUACAGAUGCAGCAGACGUCGGACCUGGACACCUUGUUGUGCAGGCAAGAAUUGGACAGACUCCAAAGGCUCGAAGAUGAAGACGGGGAGAGUUGUCGCGAUUCGAGGGUGCACUCGGGUGCGUCGGGUAUGGACGAUUUUUUCGAGGUCGGAGGGGGUGGUUCGAAUUGCCGUCCUCAGGCUAGCUUCGUGUCGUCGAGAAGUCAUAAUUCAUCGGGUGGUAACGAUGACGACGUUUUUCUUCGACCGCCUGCAUUAUGGGAAGACAUAACGUCCAGUAUUCAGAAAUUAGAUCCUGAAAAUGCGGACAUGCUGGCUUCCCAGUCGUCCUCGUCGCAUGGCCACAUUAAAAUAGAGUCCGAGGACGUAACGUCCCCAGUUUUAUCGCCCGUUGAGAUAAAGACCGAACCUCUACCGCCGCCACCGCCUACGUUGCAUCUUCUCGAAGGACCAACCACUAAUAAUCUCCAAGGGGGCGGUGGAUUCAAUAACAGACUCGAAACGAACCCCUCCUCGGGUGGAGCCGGAGGAGACGCCGGUCAAAAUCUCGCGCUCAGAUCUAACGUCGGGUACAAAACUUACAAUCAACACUCGAGCAACAACAAUAGCAUAACGAACAACAACAAUAGCAAUAGUAACAACAACAACAACAACAAUAGUAGUAGUAACAAUAACAACAACAAUCAUCAUAACAAUAACAACACGACAAAUAAUAAUAGUAAUAGUAACAGUAAUAACGGCAAUUCGCCAACGAGUCAUAGUCACCAUCACAGUCAUCAUCACGCCCAUCACAAUCAUCAUCAGAAUCACAAUCACAAUCAUCAUCACAAUCAUCGGGGUAGUCAACCGACCGGAAAUCCAACCGGAUCCGCAACGGGAUCCACUCUCUACGGACCCAUGACCAGACUGAUGUACGUUUCACCUUUAACGCCUCCAAUUUCCGACCCCGGCUCACCUCUGGGUGCUGGACCACCGCGGAGAACACCACCACCACCUUAUCCUCAACCACCUGUACUUAAUCAAAGGAUUCAACCUCAACACGUCACUAAAUUCAACCGUAGGAAUAACCCGGAAUUAGAAAAACGAAGGGUUCAUCACUGUGAUUUUAUGGGUUGUACGAAAGUCUACACGAAAAGUUCCCACCUGAAAGCACAUCAGAGAAUACACACCGCUGAAUCCUAUCGACGCAUGUGGACCCCAUAUAUCCAUAUAUCCAGGUUCGAAGGGAGCCAGUGUCUCGUCGUUGUAUCAUCAGGUGGAAGCGGAUAUACGCCGAGAGUGAGAAGCCGUACCAAUGUCAGUGGCCAGAAUGCGAAUGGCGAUUUGCUCGUAGCGAUGAAUUGACGCGACAUUAUCGAAAACACACCGGAGCCAAACCUUUCAAAUGUGCCGUUUGCGAAAGAUCUUUUGCGAGAAGUGAUCAUCUUGCUCUACAUAUGAAACGUCAUCUCCCGAAACAACAUGGCAAGUGAUAUUUAACAUCCAUACGUAAAUAAAUUUUCGUCGUUAACGUAAUUGUUUCGAAGAUUUUUAUUCGAAAGAAUGAAAAAAUGAUAUGCAUACAUAUAUCACGUUGGUUAUAUACCGUAUUCAGUAGUAUAGAAACGUGAACGUUACGCUUGUAAAAGCUUUUGAGCUUAUAUAUAUUUUAAUUAUUUAUAUAUAUACAUAUUAAUAUGUAUAGGUGUAAUUAUUUGUAAUUAGACUAUAUCAUUCGGCGUUCCGUUAUAUCAUAUAAAUCACCGAUUUUUGAUUCACAUAUACAUAUCUUUCAUCGUAUUUUAUUUAAUAGCAUGUCUAAACUAUAUUGAAAAAAAUGUGUAAUUAAUAAUUCAAUUACGUAAUCGUAUAUAUUAAUGAGCGUCGAAUUAAUGACGUAUACAUCAAUAUAUAUUAUAAUAUCGAUAGCAUAAUACAAAUUAAAAGAAAGUAAUCAACAUAGGUAUAUAAAAAAAAAAAAAAUUAACGACGUAUGAACAAAAAUAAUAACGAUAACUAGUAUAAUUUAUAAUAAAUAAUGCGUACGCGAUGCCUUAUAUGUACAAAUUUUUUUAGGAUUUUCACAGAGUUUUAUAUUAUCGAGUAAUUAAUUUUAAUAGCAUCUAUAUAUAUUUUAUAAAAUUUAUUAUAUAUUGUACCUAAUAAUAACGCAUCUUGCAGUCGCUGGUUUGUCCCACAUCGUUGGGGUAAUCGAAUACUGAUAUGGAACGUUUUUUUUUUUAUAAUUUUUCGAAAAUCUAUACACACGAAUAGCACAACAUUAAUUUGUAUUGUUUUUCGACUUGAAAGAUAUAGCGGAAGUUGAAUUAUGAUAAUUCAAAUUUCUGUAAAUCAUUUUGGAAUUGGAAAUUGCCAUUCCACUAUAAAACGGUAUAUGUGUUUUUCUUAUGCGUAUUAUACUGGUCAGAUAUAUGGCGUAAAAUGGCUUUUGACUAGCCACAUAAAUAUACAUAUAUAGUAUUCAAUAAAUUUAUGAAUAAAUGUAUAAUAUAGCCUCUGCAUAAAUUAAUAACAUAAUUUAUGUAUGAUAUUAUAUCAAAAUGUAUAAACACAUAUCGCUGAACUUUUUAUAACAACUAAAGAAACAGACAAGGAAAAAAGAGGAAAUAGAGAAGAAUGUUGUACGUAUAUACAUAUAUAAAUUUUUAAUGUGAAUUUCAUUCACAAUUAAUGAAAUGCACGUAUCUGUAAAACUAUACAAAUAUGCGCGUUUUAUACGUUUGUACAUACAUAUAACUUUUAACAAUUUUUUUUUUUUUAAUUUUAUUUCAUAUUAGGUUUUUUUCCAAAUUUUUAGUGACGUAUACUGUUUUAGUUGUAUUACAGAUGCUGUGACUAUACGUAUACCGUGAGCGUUUCGUGAAAAUGUUUGCGAUCCACGCAGGCGUCGAAAUAUUCGAAUUUCUCGAUUUACGAGCGAGCCCGAGCAGUGCUGGAUUUAGCGUAGCCACGAACAAGGGGCCUUGUUUUGAGGCGUCACCUCUGCUCAGCCCCCAAGGUGACGUCUCACAAUAAAGCACUACCCCCGUGGCUGCGCUAGCUUCAGUUACAGCUCGUCUUCGCUCGUGAAUUGAGAAGUAAAAAUAUACGGACAUUUAUGAUAUUCGCCACAAUAAUUAAGUUUUUUUUUUUUUUUGUAUCAAUUUUUUACAAUGAACACGUAUAUGUACGAGACAUAUAAUACCAUGUGAAUUGAUUUCAAAAUCGUUCCAGAAGAGGUAAUAACAAUCAUUCUGAUAAUUAUUUAUUGUAACAGAAAAUCAAAAUUUUCAACCAAAUUUAUUCAAUUUUCCAACAUUUUUCUUACAUCUAGAUCAAAAACUGCACACAGAUAAUUUUUUUUCAACGAUAUAGCUACGGAUAUAAUAUAGCACUUGAAAAAUCAAAAUAAUGUGAUAUAAAUUUAUUUUGUGUUAUGCCGACGAUGAUGUUAAUUGUCUAACAUUACCUACAUAUCAAUUGAAUGAACGGUAUAUAUAAAUAUAGGGCUCUCAAGAUUAUUUCAGUUCAGUAAAAUUAUUAUAAUAUCGAGAUAAAAUUUUUUGCUGUCGAAUCACUGCGUAGUUAGGUAAUUUUGCACUUCUCAUGCUUUGUUAUCACAUACUUUUUUUUUUGUGUUAUAGUUUGCAGAUCGCACAGAAAAAAAAAUAAUUUAGGUGGUUACAAAAAUUGUGAGAAGAGUAAUAAUUAUAUGAAGAAAAAAAAUUUAAUGAUAAUCUCUAUACAAUUAAAUAAUCUAAAUAGUAAUAUAAAUAUUACGUAUAAUAAUUAUAAGCUGUUGCAAAGCACCAAAACACUUGGUAGUUGAAAAAAAAGGUGUGAAUUGAAUUAAACAAACCAAAUUCGUACGAUAUUGUACACAAUUAAUAUUUAAGCCAAUAGAUAAAAUUUAUUAUUCUUAAAAGUUAUAUGUUGUAAUAUCUACAACAGCAGCCAUGAUAAUAGCUGCGGCGCAUGCAGGGACAAAGAAUUCUUUUUAAUACUUAUUUUCUAUUUCUAUUACAGUUCACAGAAUGAAAUCCAUGCGAUAAAUUUCCCAAUGUGCAAAAUGGGAUACCAGACCCCAAAUAGCCUCAUUGUUUUAAUUCGAUUAAUUAACGUCGUCCACCUCAUCGAGAAAGGAAAAACAAAUAGAAAAAAAAAACUGAGAAGGUAUUUUCUUUUUUACAACUUCAUUAUAGUCACUAUGAUAUAAGUACCUAUAUAUAAUUCUAUAUAUGUACGUCACAAUAAAUUUUGUUUUUAAGGUACGUACCUAUGUACGCAUUCAGUCAGGUUGUACUUCCAUUUCGUCCAGUAUAAUAAUUGAUAGAAAUAUCGGUUAUGAUCGGUAAAUGUAUGUACAUAAAUAGCAUAUUAUAUACAUAUUAUAUCAUAUCAAUACGUAUUACAAUUAUUCAUAUAAGGCACAUUAUUCGUAGAUAUAUAUAUAUAUAUAUUCGGGAAUAUAUAUAUAUUUACUUGUUAGAUCGUAGGAUACCUACUGUAUACAAAAUUUAGGUACACAUAUACAUUUUAAAAAUAUAUAUUCGGUGCAUUUGCAAGUAAAUAUAAUUGUAUAUUAUAAUACUUGAAUAAUGUAAAACAUUAUAUGUACAUCAAAACUAUUAAAGAUAAACGUAAAUACUA